CUCCUCCUCUUUGCCGCUUUCCUUCGCGUCAGUCUCGCCAGUCGGUCUGAAGGCUUUCUGGCGGCUGCUUUUGUUGUCUCCUUGGUGUUGAGGCCGCGCCUCUCAUUACAUGAACCGGCAUUACCCUGAUGACGGUCAUCGAGGCGUCAACGGUCCCUUUAACCAAGCCUGGUCUUGUCGGCAAGAUGGAGGACCGGAAAAGGCCUGCUUCCCAUGAUCCUAGCGAUUCUACCCCUCCCUCGAAGAGGCAAGCGACCUCUGUGAAUGGUGGUGCCAAAAUUCACCCUGACGCCGAUAUGCCAUGGAAGGACGAUUUGGAGCGAUUCCAGAAAGAUGCAAUCCUGCGUCAGAUGCAAGAGUACAAGCGCGAAAAAACAACACUAGAAGCCCGCAUCAAGGAAUUGACAAAAUCCGCUGCUUAUCACGAUGAACACAUUCGUGUUAUUGACGCCUGGCUGCAACAGUUGCUUGACGAAGUUAAAGUUUUACUCGGGCCUCUAGGCGAAGCCUCUGAAGAUUCAUCCCCACCCCAAAGCGCUCUGUUGUUUACCGGCAAUGAGAAUUUUCAAAAGCAUUUAAAGGAUCGCGCCGAUUUAAUUAAGUCUACUAUGUCGUUACUAUCCGCGCGUGCUCCGAAAGCUUCGCGUGACGUGGCAGAGCUGCAGUCUCAGCUCAAUAAAAAACUAGCAGAAGAAAAAGCAACAAUCGCGGAACUCGAUCAAGCGCUAGCUGAUAAGCAACAGCUCGAAGAGCGCCUCGAAGCAGCGUCACUUCGAUAUAUGGUCGCGGAGAAAAGGAUAGAUAGGGCGAAGAGUCUGACAGUUGCUCGAUUGGAAAAGCAAUAUAUUCUUGGAGCACAAAAGUCUAGUGGAGAAAAUAUGUCGGCCCGACGCGAGGAAAGUUCCGGUCCUAAUGGUCCGUCCGAUUCGACAGAAAAACUUUCCGAAUUAGAGAUGUCCUACAACAAAACCAUUGCAAUUUCGGAAAUUCAGAAAGAACAAAUUGAGAAAUUGGAAGCUGAGAACUCGAAACUAUCCACUCAAUUAACGGAUCUACAUGUUAAGCUUUCGAAAUUAUCCGAUGAAGAUUAUUCCCAGACCGAUCUCUUUAAACAGCUGAAGUCUCAGCAUGAAGAUGUGAUUAAGCGAGUAAAUCACCUCGAAGCGACGAAUGUACAAUUACGCGAAGAAGCCAAGAAACUUCAAACAGAAAGGACAGCAUAUCAAGUUCAAAUAGAAAACGAGGUUCAAGCUUCUCUCGGUGAAAAGGAAGCCUAUCUCUCUAAAGUAGAGUCGGAUUUGGCUCGUAUCAGAAACGCUCGGGAUGAACUGCUUGCUGACCAGCAAAUGCGGAAGGCCGCUCAAGAGCAAGAAAAAUUUUCAUUGGUUCAGAUGAAGGAACUACUGGAAGCCCGAGAAGCUCGUAUUACAUCGCUUGAGUCGGAAGUUGAGCGACUACAUCUUCAAAUAGAUGGCGUCAAAGAUGUCCGUUCGGCGACGACUGAACUAUCCAUGGACGAAUUGAGGGCGAAGUACGAGACUCUGGAUAAACAAUACGAGUUACUGAAUACCGAGCUUUCCUCGAUGCAAGCAGCCUUCAAGCGGACGUCUAAACUCGCGUCUCAGAAGAUCACUGAAUUUGCCAAUCUCGAAGAUAAGAUUCAGCGGCUAAUAGCAGAGAAGUCGAAAGCCGAUCAAAAAUAUUUUGCUGCCAUGAAGAGUAAGGAAGCGCGUGAUUUGGAACUUCGGACACUACGAGUUCAAAAUAUGAAAAGUUCCGAUAUCAUAUCUCAACUCAAAGAUUCCGAAAGUAUGACCCGGAAUCUUGUCUCAAACGUUGAAAAGCAGCUUUCAGAGACAAAGGAAGCUUUGAAUAGCGCCCUUGCGCAACAUCGAGCAUCCCAGCAGCAGGUCACAGAAGCAAAUCUUGCCAUUCAGGGAUUAAGGCUACAAGUUGCAGAACUGAAAGCUCUUCUUGCCAACAGAGAUGCCUCCCUCGCGUCCGCCAAUAGUACUUGCCGAAAAGCUGAAAAUACGGUUGAGGGUCUUAAGUCAAUCCUCGCGGACACCAAGAAAAGCCUCGAGUCUUGGAAGGCGAAGGGGUUGGGUAAUUCUUCCUCGGAAUACGAAAUGCUGAGAACUCUGGCACUCUGUACCGUGUGUCGCAGAACUUGGAAAAACACAGCAAUCAAAACUUGUGGUCAUGUGUUCUGCAAAGAGUGUGUCGAGGAAAGACUCACUUCUCGGUCUAGAAAAUGUCCUAAUUGCAAUAAGUCAUUCGGUAACAACGACUACAUGCACAUCACCCUUUAACGAUUCUCCCGGUAUUUUUUCUGCGUUUAUCGCCAAGCUCGCCUUUACAUUCUCGUUUUGUACAAUACCUUUUAGUUCUGUUUAUCCCCUUCUUUCGUGGCGCUUUCAUGAGAGUUGAACGAGGAGACUCGGCCUGUCGUGGUAACAAUCUCGAAACGGAUGGCGCUGGAAACAAUGCGGGCUUUUUUGCCGUCUUUAGCAUGGGUUUUUUCACAGCGGUUUUCCUGCAGUUCAUGAGGCGGAGGUGGCGUUUAUCUUCUGGGUCCGGCGGUUUUGCCUUAGGCUCCGUUAGGCAGUUGUUGGAGUUUUGCGGUCUGUUCAGGGUAUUCCGUCGAUUGGGACGGUCGGGUUGGCCUAGGGUUUAGCUUACACGAUGUACAUAAAUACAACUGGCGUGUGUACGAAUUUUGAUCAUUCUUCGACGCAAUCAAGGAUGCUAUUAUUCGG